ACUAUUUUAUGACUGGUGUGGUCCAAAACUGCGAGAAUAUUUUAAGAGCCCAACUAGAAACAACAGGAAGCCCGCAGGCAAAAAGUCCGGCAGGGUCCAGCGCUGGAGCCAUGCCUCCGGAGGCCCGGACUCCCACCGCUCCGGCCAACAAGGCGUUGGCCAAUGUAAAGGGGGACCAUCCAUCGGUAAGCCCCGAUAUGGCCUUCCUGCAAAACCGUUCUAUAUCGUUGGUGGACAUGUAUAUUGACAACAGCGAACCUUCGGAAAACGUUGGACAAAUACACUUUUCCUUGGAGUACGAUUUCCAAAAUACAACUUUAAUUUUAAGAAUUUUACAGGGUAAAGAAUUGCCGGCAAAAGAUCUGUCUGGGACGAGCGACCCCUACGUGCGCGUGACGUUGUUGCCCGACAAAAAGCACCGAUUGGAGACGAAGAUUAAACGUCGAACGUUGAACCCGCGUUGGAACGAAACGUUCUACUUCGAAGGGUUCCCGAUACAGAAGCUGCAAAGUCGCGUCCUUCACCUGCACGUCUUCGAUUACGACCGUUUCUCCAGGGACGACUCGAUCGGCGAGGUUUUCCUACCCCUUUGUCAGGUGGAUUUAAGCGAAAAACCGUCAUUUUGGAAGGCGCUGAAGCCGCCUGCAAAAGACAAAUGCGGUGAGCUGCUGACCUCACUCUGCUACCACCCCAGCAACAGUAUCUUGACCUUGACGCUGCUGAAGGCGCGAAACUUGAAGGCCAAGGACAUCAACGGAAAAUCAGAUCCCUACGUGAAGGUAUGGCUCCAGUUUGGCGACAAACGCAUAGAAAAGCGCAAAACCGCCAUAUUCAAGUGCACCCUGAAUCCGGUGUUCAACGACACCUUCUCGUUCAACGUUCCCUGGGAAAAAAUACGAGAAUGUUCUUUGGACGUGAUGGUCAUGGAUUUCGACAACAUCGGCCGGAACGAGCUGAUCGGAAGGAUCCUUUUGGCCGGAAAAAAUGGUUCAGGAGCCAGCGAGACCAAACAUUGGCAGGACAUGAUAACAAAACCGAGACAAACCAUAGUGCAAUGGCACAGGUUGAAACCUGAGUAAAAAUAUAAUAUUAUUGGCUUUUUAUUCUUAAGUAAAAAUUCGUUAUUUCGUUUGCAAACAUUUCCUUAAAAAAUACGACAAAAUAAAUGUUCGAAAGCACAAAAACAACACUUUUGAAAAAAGAAAUACAAUUUUCCAGCUCUAUUUUUUAUUUUAUGUACAAAACGACAAUAAUUUUUACCUUAAAGUCGAUUUUUUCUGUCAUGAUUUCUUCCUUUCUUCAUAGAGAAACGUCACUUUUUGAUGUUUUUAGUUUUGACAGCUGUUUUCUAACCUCACUUUGACAUUUACAAUCAAUGUUGCACUGUGGCACAAAAAUGGUUUUUCAAAGGCCAAAAACAGUAUUAUUCAUAAAAAACGUACCAAUUUUUACUUUUUGCCAAAAUUCACACAUUUAAGCUGAUUUUUAAUA